AACGUGACGGUCCGCCGCGGACAUGCGCUGUGUGCCGGCGCUGUCUGGCUGCUUCUCCGCGACUCCACCCCUCCUGCAGACGAAGGCAUGGCGAGCACCGAAGCUAGAAGGGAGUGUGAGACUGAGGGCUGCAGCGAGGACGCCAAACUCCAGUGUCCCACAUGUAUCAAGCUCGGUAUUCCAGGUUCCUAUUUCUGUUCACAGGAAUGUUUCAAAGGGAGCUGGGUGUCUCACAAGUCGCUGCAUAAAAAAGCAAAGGACGACAAGAACCAGAAUGAUUCGAAGAACUGUGUGGAGAAUGACAUCAACACAGACCCAUGGCCAGGCUACCGCUACACAGGAAUACUACACCCUCACUACCCACUGACUCCCAUGAGGCUCGUGCCUGGUGACAUCCAAAGACCUGACUAUGCUGAUCAUCCCAGAGGGAUAUCUGAGUCCGAGCAGUCUCUGAAAGGGACAUCACAGAUCAAGGCCCUUUGUCCUGAGGACAUUGAAGGCAUGAGGGUAGUGAGCAAGCUUGCACGAGAAGUUCUGGACAUCUCUGCCUUGUUGGUGAAAGUGGGGGUUACUACAGAAGAAAUCGACCAUGCUGUACAUCUGGCCUGCAUAGCGAGGAACUGCUACCCCUCCCCUCUCAACUACUACAACUUCCCUAAAUCCUCCUGUACAUCUGUCAAUGAAGUCAUCUGCCAUGGAAUCCCGGACAGGAGACCCUUACAAGACGGAGAUAUCCUCAACGUGGACAUCACCGUCUACCACAACGGUUUCCAUGGUGACCUCAAUGAAACCUUCUAUGUGGGCGAGGUGGAGGAAGAAGCGAAGAAACUGGUGCAGACCACGUAUGAAUGCCUUAUGCAAGCCAUCGACUCCGUGAAGCCUGGUAUCCGCUACAGAGAAUUAGGGAACAUCAUACAGAAGCACGCUCAAGCUAACGGCUUCUCUGUGGUGCGCAGCUACUGCGGCCACGGCAUCCAUAGACUUUUCCACACUGCUCCCAAUGUGCCACAUUAUGCCAAAAACAAAGCAGUGGGAGUUAUGAAGCCUGGCCACGUGUUCACCAUUGAACCCAUGAUAUGUGAAGGUGGCUGGCAAGACGAGACGUGGCCCGACGGCUGGACGGCAGUGACCCGAGACGGGAAGCGCUCUGCUCAGUUCGAACACACCCUGUUGGUGACGGAGACCGGCUGCGAGAUCCUCACCCGCCGCAUGGAGGACAACGGCCGCGCUCACUUCCUCAACCAAGUGUAGACUCGCACGCAUCCAAGGACUGGACUUUUCCAGAACACAAGACACCCUCUGGGCCUCACACACACAUACACACAUACACACUCACACAUAUUACAAACAAGAAGCACCACUCCUAGAGCUCAGUUUAACUGCCGCUCUCAUUGUUCUUUGAAUUAAAUAUCCUUGAAAUAAAUGGAAGUACUUGAAUGUGUCUUAUAUCAAACGCUUUAUUAGUGAAAACUGUAUCCUCUGAAGGAACGUAUUUAUGAGAUAUGGUUUUGCUUAGUGGCCUGUCAUGUCACCCAGAGUUUGUUACUGGCUGGCUAGUUGUUGUCUGUGGUGUGUGUGGUGCUCAGGGCAGAUACACUAGUAACAACGUGCUUCUUUUCUCUCUCAGCCUCUGCUCACUUCACACUUCCCCCAGAGAUGGACUGAAAAGAAUCAGCAAUACUAGAGACCGAGGAGGGUUCCCAGGGUUAACAACUCUCAAAACCUCAACAACUUAUUUUAGAUAUAGAAAAUAACUCCGGGCCAUAAAGCGUACUAUAUUUAGUUUAGAGUACAGGCAACAAAAGUCAUUCUCUGCCAAGAGCCAAACAGCCUAAAUUUAAAGCAGUAGUUUGAUGUUAUAAAAAUACACUUGGCAGAUUUGGUUGAAGACCAAUACACCUUGGUGUCCAUUAAAAAUGUAGCAACAACCAGGAGACGGUUAGCAUAAAUACUUGAAGCUGGAGAAAACACCUGGACCAGCUCUUUAAAACAAAAUACCUUCCAGCACCUCGAAAGCUCAGAAUUUAAACAAAAAAAACUUGAUUUGUGGUUUUUACAAUUGGUUUUCUGUUUGGAUUAACAAACAAGAUGUAACAUGUUAAUAAGUGAUAUUUUGAUGUGCUGGUAGGUGGAUUUUGUCAAAAAAAAAUAGCAUAUAAACUCAUUUCUGUACGGUUUGUAAAAGUACAACCAUCAAUUGACUUAUUGCGUCAUGCCUGCUUGCUGGGUAUUCAAUCUCAGUACCAGAGAAACACUCACUGUCUUAUUUACCUGGUGACGUGUCCACUAGAAGCACUCAAUUGUUACAUCCUGAAUGUGGCUAUGGUUAUUAGUGCAGUCGGAACUUUUUCAGUAGAUUACGUCAGCCACGGUUGCUAGGAGAAGUGUGAUGCAACCAGAGUAUCUUCAUAGAUAUUGAGAAUGAGAGAAAUGACAUUGAGCACACAGUUGUUGAAGCGCUGAGCUUGUUAAUCUGAGGAAAACUCCUUUAGUGUUUCGUGUUUUCUAGAGCCCUGCUGUAGCAAAUCGAGCCUUAAUGUGUAAGUCUAGGAAUUAAAACAUGCUGGAUAUCUCACGGAAAGUUACCUGGUGUUUCCCCUUGUCUCUACGGUCACCAUUCAUCUCCACAUAGGGGUUUUCCCGGUGAGAGCAGCAUUCUUUCUAUUUUCAGAGGACUAAUGUGAUCACAGUUUCUCUGCCAUCUUUGUAUUUCUUCUAAUGGAGUAAUAAAUGACUCUUCUGUA